UGUAAACUCUGCAGUUUCUCUUGAAGGAAAUCAUGAAUUCUGCUAAAGCAAUUUUUUAAAAAUUAAACUGCACACUCGGAACUGUCUGGGUAUCAGAUUCUUUCUCAGUCUGAGAGCCAUGGAGAGUGUGGUAAGAGACACACAUUGUCUGUGUAUGGGAACUGUGACCAUUGUCUCUUGUAGGUUCACCCAGAAUUUCUCCUUGGGCUCUUGUCACCCACCCACCUUGCCCCUUGGCAAGUCUGGAUAAUUACUUAAAUAACAAUGUUGCUUACAGUAUCACAAGGCCAGAAAAAAAGCGAAAGGGGAAUUUGGAGCUUGGAGGAAGCAGGAGAAGGGGGCGGCAUGUGGGGCAGCAGGAGGGACAAGGUUUCUUUGCGGGAGUGGGAGAGUUCCGAUCUCAUUUUGGGAUGUGGGGAAAGAGGAUCCUUCUUAAUUUCCUAGGCAGGAAAAGGAAGACAUUUUGGGUAGGGGGCUAGGGAGGAAUAGGGUAAUCUGAGGGCUGAUGGACCCUUGAAUUCACUUUUUUUGUGGGAAGGAGGGAGAGGGAAGGUUAUGGCUUUUAGGAUAUGGCUGGGGGAGAGACUGGGAGACUGGAAUUGAAGCCCCACUUCUGUUCCCUGGAAAGAAGGCGCCUUGGUGGAGGAGUUAUUUAAAAGAAAGAAAAGAAGUCUCCCUUUGCUUAGGAGCAAUGACUGAAGGGUGCCAUUGCUGAUUCCCAGCAGGUGUGGCCUGAAGUGGGUCUUAGAGCAAGGAGGAAGAUAGCAGAAGGUGAAGCAACAUUAACAAUUGCAAUCAUGAGUCCUUUGGAAGGCACUGAAACCUAAAAGGGAAGGAAAAGAGGAAUAAAGAAAGGGGGUUCAAUGUGGAAUGGAAAAAACAACCCAGGAAUUGCGGCUGCUGAAGGGCACCAAAGUGGAGAGUUCCUGGAAAGCAGGAUUCUGGCUGGUGGAAACAUUGGCUCUGUUCCUCCAAGGAGGUUCUUAGCACUGACCACCAUCUGAUAAGGGUGUUGCAGCAGAAAAUCUUAAGGAACAUCUUUGCCCUCAAGGAACAUCUUUGCCCUCAGAUGGAUGGAAGAGAAGUAACUUUGAUUCUGUUUGUGGCUUCAUUGGUGUAAAAAAACAUUAAUAGAUGAACCAGAUUCAGUUGAUUCUGAAGGAGGAAGAGGACCUGAUGCCCUUAGUAUUGACAAUAGUGGAGGAUUCUGGGAGAUUACAGUCCAGAGCUCCCUGGGUGAGGAGGGUGCCAUUUCAGACAUGGAGUGCCAGCUCUUCAGGCAGUUCUCCUAUCAGAAGGAUGAGGGCCCCCGUGAUGUUUGCAGUCAACUCCAUCAUCUCUGCCAUCAGUGGCUGAAGCCAGAGUGUCACACCAAAAAUGAGAUCCUGGACCUGGUGAUCUUGGAGCAGUUCCUGACCGUCUUGCCCUCAGAGAUGGAGAACUGGGUCAGGGAAUGUGGGGCAGAGACAUGUUCCCAGGCGGUGGCUCUGGCAGAGGGCUUUCUCCUGAGUCGGGCAGAGGCAGAGAAAAAAGAGAAAGGGCAGCAGGCCAAGAACCUCUUGUCGGAAGUUCAUUCUGAAUUCCCUGUGGCAGAGAAGGCUCCAUUGGAUCCCAGGCAGAGACCCCAAUGGAGGGCGAUCAAGCAGGAAUGUGAUGGAGGGGGUCUCUUGCAAGAGUCUGGAAUGAUGCCACCAACAAGGACUCAGUCACCUCUUCCUCUUUGUGGUGGACAAGAACCAGAUCAGGGCCUGAUAGCUUUUGAGGAGGUGGCUGUGUCUUUCUCCCCAGAGGAGUGGGCCCUGCUGGAUGCUGAGCAGAGAGCCCUGCACAGGCAGAUCGCAGCAGAGAUCCAUGAGAUCAUGGCAUCUCUUGCAGAAAACUGGAGGAAAACAUAUGUAUGUGCUAAGUAUGGGAAGUAUUCAAGACAAAAACUGGGAUUUAUUAAGCAAGCUCAUCAUUCAUUAGAGGAAAGUUAUAUCAGAGAGAAGCUCUACAAACACAACGUAUCUGGGAAAUAUUUUCCUCAAAAUACAUCAUUUGUGCCUUGCAAGAGGCCUCAUGCUGUAAAGAAACACUUUAGGCAUGACAUUUCUGUGAAAGCUUUAGAUUAUAAAUUGUACCGUGUGAACCACCAAGAAGCCCACACAGUAAAGAAACCACACAAAUGCUGGAAGUGUGGGAAAUGCUUUGCAUACAGUUCACUACUUAUGGCACAUUUGAAAGUGCACAGAGACCUUGUGAGCCACACAGGAGGAAAACCCUACAAAUGUCAGGAGAGUGGCAAACAUUCCGCUAAAAACACAGGUCUCGUGAAGCAUCAGAGAGUCUACACAGGCAAAAAACCAUAUAAAUGUGGUGAGAGUAGCAAAUGUUUUGGGAAAAGUUUGCAUCUUGUGAACCACCAGAGACUGGACAGAGGUGAGAAACCCUACAAAUGUCAAAAGUGCAGAAAACAUUUUGCUCAGAAAACAGGCCUUGUGAAGCACCAGCAAGUCCACACAGGAGAGAAACCUUACAAAUGCCAGGAAUGUGGAAAAGCUUUUGUUCAAAAAGAAAACCCUUUGAACCACCAGAGAGGCUAUACAGGAGAGAAACUCUACAAAUGCCAGGAGUGUGGGAAAUGUUGCACUGAGAAUUUACCAGAGAUCCACCAGAGAUUUCACACUGGGGCAAAACUAUACAAAUGCCAAGAAAGUGGGAAAUGUUUUGUUAAAAAAGACUUUGUACACCACCAGAAAUUUCACACGGGAUUGAAACCAUACACAUGUCAAGAGUGUGGGAAAUGCUUUGUUCAGAAGUCACACCUUGAGAGACAUCAGCGAGUUCACACAGGAGAGAAACCAUACAAAUGUCAGCAGUGUGGGAAUGGUUUUGCUCAGAAAUCAGCCCUGGUGAAGCAUGAGAGAGUCCACACAGGAGAGAAGCCAUACACAUGCCAGCAAUGUGGGCAUGGUUUUGCUCAGAAGUCAGCUCUUGUGAGGCACCAGAGAGUCCACACAGGAGAGAAGCCAUACCCAUGCCAGCAAUGUGGGAAAAGUUUUGCUGACAAGUCAGAUCUUGUGAGUCAUCAGAGAGUCCACACAGGAGAGAAACCAUACACAUGUCAGGAGUGUGGAAAAUGUUUUGCUCACAAUUCAGCCCUUGUGAAUCAUCAGAGUGUCCACACAGGAGAGAAACCAUACACAUGCCAGCAGUGUGGGAAUGGUUUUGCUCGUAAGUCACACCUUGUGUCCCAUCAGAGAGUUCACACAAGAGAGAAACCAUAUGCAUGCCAGCAGUGUGGGAAUGGUUUUGCUCACAAGUCAGCUCUUGUGAGUCAUCAGAUAGUCCACACAGGACAGAAACCGUACAAAUGCCAGCAGUGUGGAAAAUGCUUUGGUCAGAGGUCACACCUUGAGAGACAUCAGAGAGUUCACACAGGAGAGAAACCAUAUGCAUGCCAGCAGUGUGGGAAUGGUUUUGCUCAGAGGUCAGCCCUUGUGAAUCAUCAGAGAGUCCACACAGGAGAAAAACCAUACAGAUGUCAGCACUGUGUAAAAUGCUUUGCUCAGAAAUCAGCCCUUGUGAAGCAUGAGAGAGUGCACACGGGAGAGAAACCAUAUAAAUGCCAACAAUGUGGGAAAAAUUUUGCUGACAAAUCAGAUCUUGUGAAGCAUCAGAGAAUCCACACAGGAGAGAAACCAUACACAUGCCAGCAAUGUGGGAAAUGCUUUGCUCAGAAGUCAGCCCUUGAUAGUCAUCAAAGAGUCCACACAGGAGAGAAACCAUACAAAUGCCAGCAGUGUGGGAAAUGCUUUGGCAAGUCAAAAUUAAACAGACACUUUAGAGUCCACACUGGGGAGAAACUAUAUAAAUGCAUGGAAUGUGGAAAGAGCUUCAGGGAUAGGGGAUAUCUAAAUUUACAUCAAAGAACCCACACAGGGGAGAAGCCGUAUCAGUGCAUCGAAUGUGGGAAGAGCUUCAGUCAGAGUGCACAUCUACGUGCACAUGAAAAAACUCACACAGGGGAGAAACUAUAUAAAUGCAUAGAAUGUGGAAAGAGCUUCUCUCAUCGUCAAAAUUUACAUACACAUCAAAGAACACACACAGGGGAAAAACCAUAUCAUUGCAGGGAAUGUGGAAAGAAUUUCAGUGGCAGUGGAACAUAUAAGAAACAUCAAAGAACCCACACAGGGGAAAAACCAUAUAAAUGUAUGGAAUGUGGAAAGAGCUUUAGGGAUAGGGAAUAUCUAAAUUCACAUCAAAGAACCCACACAGGGGAGAGGCCAUAUCAGUGUAUAGAAUGCGGAAAGAGCUUCAGUCAGAGCAGAAGCCUCCGUUCACAUAAAAAAACUCACAUGGGGGAGAAACCAUAUAAAUGCAUGGAAUGUGGAAAGAAUUUCCGUCACAGGGGAUCAUACAACAAACAUCAAAGGACCCACACAGGGGAAAAACCAUAUAAAUGUAAUGAAUGUGGAAAGAGCUUCAGUGAUAGGGGAUAUCUAAAUUUACAUCAAAGAACCCACACAGGGGAGAAGCCGUAUCAGUGUAUGGAAUGUGGGAAGAGCUUCAGUCAGAGUGCACAUCUACGUUCACAUCAAAAAACACACACGGGGGAGAAACUACAUGAAUGCAUAGAAUGUGGAAAGAGCUUCUCUCACCGUCAAAAUUUACGUUCACAUCAAAGAACUCACACAGGGGAGAAACCAUAUAAAUGUAUGGAAUGUGGAAAGAAUUUCAGUGGCAGUGGAACAUAUAAGAAACAUAAAAUAACCCACUCAGGGGAGAAACCAUAUAAAUGCAUGCAGUGUGGAAAGAGUUUCAGUCAGAGUGGACAUCUACAUAGACAUAAAAAAACUCACAUGGGGGAGAAAAUAUACAAGUUUGCGGAAACAACUUGGAAUGUGGAAAUAGCUUCGGCAAUAAUGGAUUGUGUGCCCAGCAUCAACCAAGCCGCAGAAAUGCAUUGCGUGUUGAAAGAUGAAUACUCCUGUUACAUGAAAUGAUUUACACCACAUGGAAUGCUGUAAUACAUACAAAAUGUGGAGAAAGUCUCAUUUAGAAGAUAAAAUUUAUUCAUCAUUAAUGGACCUACGUUCAAAAGAAGCCAGAUAGAUAUAUAGAAUGUUAAUAGAAGUUUGACUGGGCUUCAUUUCAGAUUUACUGAUUUAGCAUAAGUUUUUAUGCUAACUUGGAUCUCUCAUUGGAGUGCUGCCAUUUUGGUUCUGGAGAAAUAGAGAAUUGAAAACGUCUGUAACUGCAGACGGUGUUAUUUUUUUGAAUCCUAAGCUGGUUUUAUGAAGUGUUAAGGGUCCAGAGAAGAUAGAUGUAUUAGUCUGUUUUAGCCUGGGGGAGAAAACAAAGAAAUUCCAUGGCAGUUUUGAAAGUAAUUGGGGAAGAAGGAACUUUGUAGAAGCUUUGAGAGGCUCUAUCCAUAUCUUCUCCCUGCUUCUUCAGACCUGGUUGCAUCCAGUGCAGAGAAAGAACCCAUGAGAGCUUCUUAUAGAAACAGGGGGACCAGAUGUCAUAACUGAAAAGGAGGGCAAGGCACUAUAAAAUGUAGGAUGUUCAAGAAAAGCUAAACACACUAAUAUAAAUUCAUUUUGUAUGGUUUAUUUAUGGCCAUAUUAUGUUUAAUGCAUUUGAUGUAUUCAACUGUAUUUUUCUUAUAAACAUGGUUAAAAUGUC